AUUAAUUGUAUUUAUGUAAAUAUCUCUACACUAGGAUUUGUGUAUGUAUUUUUCCCGUAACGUAACUGAGCGUCUGAGCCCAAAACCCAAACAAGCCCAUACUAAAACCAACGCCGCCGUUACUUGAAAAACUUGUCCUUUGUACGGCGACAACAUUUCCGGUAGACAAGACGAAGAAACAGAGAAAAUAAUAACAAUGGCUCAACAGUCUGUGCCCAUAAACCCUCCGAAAAAUCUCACCGUAAAACCCUUCUUCCGCCUCAACUCCCCCACCAAAGUCCCACGCUCUCGCACACAAUUUUUCCCGAAAAAAUAUUCGGGCAAGAAAUUUCAUUCGAUGACAAUAACUGCGUCAUCGUCGCCGUCCGCAGUGCCCGGCGAACCCCCGAAAGCGCCUCUCUCUGCGGAUGUGUUGACUAACAGUGGGCGCAAGAGUGAGUUGAUGAGUUAUAUCGGAGGUUCACUUACCAACUGUCUUUCCGAGACCCAUCUCGAUUCAACUGUUCCAGGUCUUCAAUUAAAGGCUCGAGGCAAGGUGAGAGAUAUUUAUGAUGGAGGAAACUAUCUUGUCCUGGUAACAACCGACAGGCAAAGUGCUUUCGACCGAGUUCUUGCUUCAAUUCCCUAUAAGGGCCAGGUACUCAAUGAGACAAGUUUGUGGUGGUUUAGUAAAACUCAUCAUAUUAUUCCAAAUGCAGUUGUGUCCUCUCCGGAUAGGAAUGUUACUAUUGCAAAGAAAUGUUCUGUAUUUCCUGUCGAAUUUGUUGUUAGGGGUUAUGUGACUGGAAGUACCGAUACAUCACUUUGGACUGUCUACCAGAAAGGUGUUCGAAACUAUUGUGGGAAUGCUCUUCCUGAUGGUAUGGUGAAGAACCAAAAAUUGCAUGCAAAUAUACUCACACCAACUACUAAAGCUGAAGAACAUGAUGUUCCCAUUACGCCAGAAGAGAUUGUUGAGAGUGGGCUGAUGACUCAAGCUGAUUAUGAUGAAGCAAGUAAAGCUGCAUUAAGCCUGUUUGAGUUUGGUCAGAGUACUGCAUUGGAAAAUGGUCUUGUAUUGGUGGACACUAAAUAUGAGUUUGGAAAAGGACCUGAUGGCACAGUGCUUUUGAUAGAUGAGGUGCAUACACCUGACUCCAGCAGGUAUUGGAUCGCCCAUUCUUACGAGGAACGCUUUCAAAAUGGUCUCGAACCUGAAAAUAUUGACAAGGAAUUUUUGAGAUUGUGGUUCAAAGAUCAUUGCAAUCCGUAUGAGGAUGAGGUAUUGCCCGAUGCACCGGAAGAACUUGUUUCUGAACUGGCUUGGAGAUAUAUCCUCUUAUACGAGACGAUAACUAAAUCAAAGUUUGAGAUUCCUUUGACAAAGGAACCCAUACACGACAGAAUAUCUCGUAAUGUUUCACAUGCACUUUCAACUCUUCCAGAAAACAUGCCAACAACAUAACAAGACAAUACUAAUAGUCGUGUUUUUUCCAAUGGAUUCCCCGUGUGGCUGCAGAUUUUGCACCUCAUUUUUAUACUGGCAAUUUUACCCCUUUCUUAGGUUCAUUCUUAGCAUUUGGCUUUGGUAUAGUUAUAAUCUGGUGGUGUUGUUUGAAGUUAUGUCCUUUGACUUCUAUCAUACUGCAUUUUCUGGCUUCAUUCUGUUAAGCAUGGACGAUUCUUGAAUUAACCUGUACAAUCUAAGGAAUAUGAACAUCCAUUAUUAAUGUAUAAAUGAACAACUCGAAUGAAGGUUUAAACUAGUGUGAAUUAUGUUAUAUAGUUUGUUCACACAAGAG